GGACCCUCGAGGCCGAUACACCCCCCGGCCCCAGAGAUCCUGCCCCAUGUACCCCAUCCCCCCAGCCAGCACCAGGACAGGGGCCAGGUCAAAGGGAAGCCACGGGAGGCCAUGAGGGGCAGAGACCCCACCCGCAGAGGAGCCCUGAGCUGCUGCAGCCUGGGCCGCUUGUGGAUACUGAGGUUUCCUGGGGGGCAGGAAGUGUUUGGAACUUACGUCAGUUGCUAUACCUGGCCCUGCUGGAGAAACCAAACCUGCCCCACCCACUGCAUCGUGGCGGGGGGCUCCCCACAACAUCUCGUAUUGGCUCCUGGGGCCCAGGAACGGGGCGUGGCCGCCCCCCCUCAGGGGAUAUAGGGCCAGGGAGCAAAGGGACGAUGCGACGCGACUACCUGGGAGGCAAGAUGAUCGCGGUGCUGCUGCUCCUCUCCCUGCUUGCGGGGGCGACUGCCCUGGCCCUGCCGGGGGAACCCCCCGAGUGCCUGCAGGGCCCCGAGUUUUGGUGCCGGGACGUGGCCACAGCAGCCCAGUGCGGCCGACUGCAGUUUUGCCUGGAGUACGACUGGGACGAGCUGCCCGAGGGCGCUGACGAGCGGCACCCCUUGGUGAAGUGCUGGGUGUGCAACAAAGUCAUCAGAAAGCUGAAGAAAAUGGUGUCCAACACGCACAACACAAGCAGCGUGGCAAUGGCCGUCAAGAAGAUCUGCUCCACCUUCCUCUUCAGCUGGGCAGGCAAGUGCCACCGGGUGGUGGACCAGUACGUGCAGCCCAUCGAGGAGGGGCUGGCCCAGGACCUGGAUCCCCGCGACAUCUGCGUCUCCAUUGGCAUGUGCAAGAGCCAGAGCCACCCAGGGUGGAAGGUUCCUGGCCUGCGCCGGGCUCCGGCUGCAGAGAGCCCCGCGGAAGCCAGGGGACCAGAUGGCGCGUGAGCCAGGGCAGAACGGAGCCCCUGCUGUGCCCGGAGCUCCGGCAAGAGGGGCUGCCCCCAGCUGUGACACCCGCCCGGGAACUGGCCUUUCAAUAAAGUUUCUGCUUGCAGCAA